UCCAUGAACGCUUUAUUUCGGUUUGCCCCAUGUUUUCCCCUGUUAUCCAACAAUUUUCCUAUAUCUGAAAACGGAUUUUUGAAAUCCAAUAUUUCUUAAAUUUUUUCUCGACACGACACACAUGAUUUUAUACACAUGAUUUUUCAUUUAUUUGUUUUCUUAUUUUCUUCUCUUCAAGUUAUGGGUAUUUUUGCGUGUAAAUGAAAAUCUUUUCAUAUUUCUAAAAUUUGUUUUCAAGUUCUUCAUUUGCGGAUUUUGACCGUAGGCUUCAUGUUUACAGGAUAGAAGAGAAGACAGAGAGAGACGACUUUUUCGCUGAAAAUACGGUACCUCGUCUCGACACGACAACUUCUCGAUAACUGAACAAUAUAAAGACAUUAAUUUUUAACACAUCGUGAGAAUCGAAAAAAUCGAUAAAAAUUGGGAAUAAACGAGAGUUUCAACCUACAGUACUCUUUAAAGGCGCAUACUUUUUCUCGUUAAACAUAAAUUAGUCGUGUCGAGACCAAGUACCAAAUUUUUAACGAAAAAUUGUAACAUUUCGAGUCUGUAAUAUUUAAGGAAAUAAUGAAUGUCCUCGCAAAAAAUAUGUUCAAGUAAAGAGAGUGCAAACGCGCUCUGUUGAAAAUUCAAAAGAAAUGGGAGACGCAGAGGAGAGAAACGAAAUUUCCCGAUUUCUCUCCUUCAUUCGUUUAAUUUACAAUCUAUAUUGCAAAAAACUAGAUAUUUUGUGGCAUUUUUACAAUUAAAAAACCUUUAAAAAAUGGAUCACCAUGCUAUGUACCGAACCGCUGAAUUCAACAAAACUACUGUCCGAUUAUUGGCGGAAUUCAUCGAAAAGACUGGGCAGAAUGCGACGAUAGUGAAUAUGGACAGCUUUUUGGAGUUCUUUGCGUAUUUGAAUCCCACGGCUCCAAUUCCAACGGUUCCAGAAAUUGAAAAACAAUUAUUGCUAAAAUCACCGAUUCGUUGCAUUGUGUGUGGAAUGGAAACUGAAUCAGAUUCCGCAGUGACAUUAAGCAUCGAUAAUGCUUCAAUUAUUCUCACAGCGACAGUAAUUGGUUACUGUAGAGAUCCAAGUGAUGCAGUUAAUCAAAUUCGAAAGGAGAGUCUUCGAGCAUGCACGAAACAUUUCAACAGUAUUUUCCAUGUCAUCUUCGAAGGACUGCAAAUCGAGAACACCUACUGUGCUCAUCAUGCAAAAUACAGUCUUGCCAAUCGUUGGUGCAAAGUCUACACGAUGAUUCGAUCUUCCCUGGGCGAGCAGUUCACAAAGUUCGAUGUGCGCAAUUUUAAAUCAAUAUUGCAAUCAUUUUUGGAUACUUUUGGUGAAAUUGAUGACGACAAAAAGGAUAAAGAAUCUUCUCAUUUUGAUGAAUGUUUUGAAGAAAUGGAUUCAGAAAACGUAGAAAUUAAAAUGGAGAGCCCACAAGAAGAAGCUGCAGAGAAAUCGAAGUUUUCUGAAAACCUAGUGGAGGUAAAACUGGAACCAAUUGAAACUCAUGAACUUGACAAAACUAUAUCCGACUUUUCUUCAAGUGAUAUAAUUGAUUCGUCCCAAAAACUGCAGCAAAAUGGUUUUCCUGAAAAAGUGGAGCAAAUGGACAAAUAUAGCAACAAAUUGAAAGAUGAAGCUUCAGACAAAAAGUAUGAAAAGCCAGGAAAAAAGGACUACGUUGAAGAAGAGGGAUACUGGGCGCCGAUCACCGACAGCGAGGAUGAUGAAGCCUGAAUUUAUUUAAUCAAACGUUUUGGAAAUUUUUUUUGUUUUUGUCAAUAAAACCAUAUAACAAUU